GGUGUUUUCUUAUUUGCUUUGUUUACUCUUUCUCACCAUACUGAUUUGUAGGCCGAGUUCGUUCUGUCUAUUGGUCAUCCUGAGGAAUUUAUAGAGUUUAAUCUUUCUAUUUGGUAUUUUUCAUGUGUAGCGGGUGAGGCUUCGCUGGAUAGAAGGUGCAGGAGUGUUUCCCAGGUGCAAUUCAUAACCUCGCCUCAAGACUUUAUGAGCAUUGCUGAAUCCUGUCAAACCAUUCCAGAAAGUAGUUGGUAAACUUCUGCCACUGUUCCAGAAAGUAGUCGAUAAUUUCUGCCAGCCUAUCCAAGAAAUAGUUGGUAACUUCUGCCAGCUAGGAACGUUGAGCAGUCCACAUGCCAGGGGAAAGCAUGAUGGCGGCAGCAGAAGAAGAUGGAAUGGUACCCAUCAAAGCUGCCUAUAACGGGACCAUCCUAUGUAUUCGCAUCGACCCCAACGUGACCCUGGAGGACUUCCUUCAAGAUAUGAGGGGCAUCUGCAACUUCCCAGAGAAACAGAACUUCACUGUCAAAUGGCUGGAUGAAGAUGGUGAUCCAUGUACGAUAUCAUCACAAGAGGAACUCGAAGAAGCUAUCAGACUCUAUGAACUCAACAAAGACUCCAAUAUCAAUAUUCAUGUAUUCCCAACAGUUCCUGUCAGGCCCGGUCUACCUUGUCCUGGCGAAGACAGAAACAUAUACAGACGAGGAGCUCGGCGAUGGAGAAAACUAUACAAAGUCAAUGGACAUACAUUCCAAGCCAAGAGAUUCAGUCGAAGGGCUCUGUGUGCCUACUGCGCAGACCGUAUCUGGGGGCUUGGGCGGCAGGGAUACAAGUGCGUUGACUGUAAGCUCCUCGUACACAAGAAAUGCCAUCGUCUUGUGAAGGUAUCAUGUGCAGAGAGACAGGCCAAUCUUCCUACCCUGGACGAGAGGAGCGGGUCGGGGAGCUUGCCACAUUUCGGUUCCAAGCCGGGUGAUAGAAGCGACUCUCAUCACAAGCGAACCCCUACUGGCCCCAUGUCCCAGCCCCCCUCUGCCACUUCCACCACCCUUAAAGACCCCUCACAUGCACCCCCCUCCUAUUCCUCCUCUUCCUCCACGCGUCAACAAGGGUCGGCCCUUCACACCGGGCCCUACUCCGGCUUUGAUAACGCCGCCUUUUUCGGGGGUAGCGGGCGCAGCGACCGGGAUUCGAUGAACUCCUUGGACUCGGACCAUCUAGGCAAAAGUGGAAGCCCAAGGCAUAGACGCAAAAAUAGAGAUAGUACUGCUUCAACGCCUUCCUCGGCACCAAAUGGAAAUGACAAGAUAGGCAACUCUCCAAUCUCAUUGGACGAUUUUGAAUUACUGCGGGUCAUAGGUCGUGGAAGUUAUGCCAAGGUGCUACUUGUUGAAUUGAAGGCGACCAGUCGUGUUUAUGCCAUGAAGGUAAUCAAGAAGGAACUGGUGACCGACGACGAGGACAUCGACUGGGUCCAGACGGAGAAGCACGUCUUUGAGACGGCUUCUAAUCAUCCAUUCCUGGUGGGGCUUCACUCCUGCUUCCAGACUGUCAGUAGACUGUUCUUCGUGAUUGAGUUUGUGAGUGGAGGCGAUCUCAUGUUUCACAUGCAGAGACAACGACGCUUGCCAGAGGAACAUGCCAGGUUCUACUCCUCCGAAAUAAGUCUGGCUCUCAACUUCUUACACGAAGGAGGUGUCAUAUAUCGAGAUUUGAAGCUAGACAACGUUUUGCUAGACGCCGACGGCCACAUUAAACUGACAGAUUAUGGGAUGUGUAAAGAGGGUCUCCGGCCUGGCGACACUACCAGUACAUUCUGCGGAACACCAAACUACAUCGCUCCAGAGAUCUUGAGAGGGGAAGACUACGAUUUCAGUGUUGACUGGUGGGCCCUUGGAGUUCUGAUGUUUGAGAUGCUUGCUGGACGAUCACCGUUUGACAUCGUCGGUAACGCCGACCAUCCCGACCAAAAUACAGAAGACUAUCUAUUCCAAGUUAUCCUUGAGAAACCAAUAAGGAUACCAAGGUCUUUGUCUGUCAAGGCUGCAUCAGUACUCAAAGGAUUCCUAAAUAAGAAUCCUAUAGAGCGUUUAGGAUGUCAUCCACAGACCGGUUUUGGUGACAUCACUGGACAUCCUUUCUUCAAGACUAUAGACUGGGAGAGGAUUGAAUCCCGUCAGGUGACCCCGCCCUAUAAGCCACACCUUCAAAGUGACCGUGACCUCGAACAUUUUGACCCUCAGUUUACAGAAGAACCGAUACAGCUGACCCCCGAUGACCCGGGUGUUCUAAGUCAGAUAGACCAAGGGGAGUUUGAAGGCUUCGAGUACAUCAACCCUCUACUCAUGUCCGGCAAGAAUGUGUGUGAUCCGUGUGUCUGUCAUCCCUCCCUACUCCGAUAAUUUAUUUGCACCUUGAAAGAUGAUGUUAGUCUUUGUCACCAGCUGUUUGUGUGUCAAAUCAAAAGGAAUCAAAGGGCAGAGUGUGAAAUGUAGCAUUGAAACAAAUGAAGAGAGACUAAGCUUGGGGUGGAUCUAGCUGUGGCACUGUAAUACAUUCUUGUGUUAACCCAUAAAGGUACACAGCUUUUAUAAGGUCAAAUUUAAUCUGUAUUCGCUCAUCAAAUUGGCAACAAUGAUUUUCUAUUCAUUUUCAUGCUUAAAAAAAAACAAUACAGAUACAAUAUCAGUCAGAAUGUGUGAUAACAGUGAGAUUCAAACAAAAUGAUGCCAAUUUGCAUUUUCAAAUAGUGAUAUUGUUGUUUUCACAAUGUUACCAAUUAAGAAUAUAUAACAUUGGUGUAUUUAUUAUCAUUCACUUAUUUGUAUUCAUGAAAGGUCAACAUAUCAUUGCAUGAAAAUUACUCAAUAUUGGGGCAAGAAAUUUGUUU